AUGCCGAAGGCCGCUGGUAGAAAAGGCGGCAAGGUUGAGAAGCGCCGCACCAAGAAGGACCCCAACGCCCCGAAGCGCGGCCUCUCUGCGUACAUGUUCUUUGCCAAUGAACAACGCGACAACGUUCGCGAAGAGAACCCGGGUGUCUCAUUUGGCCAGGUUGGCAAAAUCCUUGGCGAGCGAUGGAAGGCUCUUAGCGAUAAGCAAAGAACCCCUUACGAGGCCAAGGCAGCUGCCGACAAGAAGCGAUACGAGGACGAGAAACAGGCGUACAACAAUGACCCAGAAGAGGAGGAGUCUCCCUAA